AUGCCUAAGUCGAGAAAGAAGAAAAAUGCCAUCACCGUAUUGGUACCAGAAAAGCCAACUGCAAAUUUAACUUCUGCUAUGCGAACGGAAUUAUAUGCUACGCCGGAAUCGUUUGAAAAUGUAACUGUUCCAACAUCACACAAUAUUCCACCUGAAAAAUCAAGUGUAGCAACAAAAACAGAGCGAGCACCACAAAUAGCAACGAAGAAAGAGAAAUUGACAGUGCCAGAAAAGGGGAUCAGUAAAAAUAAUGUAAUGAUAACGAAGAUAAACGAUAUGCAAAUUUAUGAUGCCGAUGUGAUCGGAACAUAUUCGCUAAGUUCUGGAACUGUUUCAUACGAUUCCAUCGAAUCAAUGAAUAAUGAAUCAUUGGAAAAGGCUAAAAUUAACGGCAAAUAUGUACAAAAUACCGAUAAGAAAUUGCAUAAAGCGGUGAUGGAGCAGUUGUUGGAUGAUGAUUCAAGCAUAGCAAAGAUGCGGGUUAUUGGUGAGAGUGAGCUAAAUCGCCGAAUGACCGGACAGAAAGGACCACUCGAGAAUCAGAAAGCAAUUCCGGCUACUCCAUUAUGGGGACUAUACGAAACUAUCCUCACCAAGAAGUGCAUAAAUGAAGUGGUCGAGAAUUUUUUUGCCAGUCCUCGGGAUGAUAUCGAGUUGACAAUGAAGUUAUCACGACGUGAUCUAUAUCCCAGAUUACAUAUCGAAUUAGCACCAAUUUAUCAUGAUCUACACAUUCAAGCUGCUCGUCUUCAGCAAAAUGCAAUAACACCAUUUACGGUUGGUAGCAGGCGUUGGCGUUUUGAUGACCUUUUACGAGCAGAAGAUUUGAAUGAUUAUUUACCAUCAAGUGAUUAUUCAAUGCAAUCCAUGGAGAGUAGAAGUGCUUCAAUGUGCUGUGCACGAACUUCCGAUGCAACAACCGCUCGAUCACCAAGCUAUGAUUAUCUCUCCUCGGCAUACUCUUAUCUUGUUGCUUUUGUCAAGUAUCACAGAAUAGAUACCGAUAUUAAAGGUUAA